GACACCCUGUUGUUGUCUAAAGAACUGUAGUGGUGCAGGCAGAGGACUCGUGGGGACAGUGUGACAGCAAAGAUGGCUAGAUCAGAAUCCCGCUAUUCCUUUGACGUCCCAAACACCUGCAUCAACUUUGCAACUCUGGGUGAGGAUGAUGCUGAUGUACACAACGCAGACUCCUGGUUUGACCAAAAAGCCAAUAUGGAGAAUAUCCCUCCUGCAGAAAAUGUGGCGAAGGUCUCACAGAACAGCCCUGCUUAUACAAAGCCUGAUGUUCUCUCUGCCUUCACAUCACAAGGAGUAGCAAUGAGUGAAAGCAAUGGUGAAGAAGAGGGUGCACAGACCCACGCGGUCUCUCAGAACAUCAUUGGGUCCCUGGAGACCUGGAGAGCUGCUGCCCCUGCAGAGGCCCCUCAGAGAACGAGCAAGAGACCAGCUGCAAAGCCAAGAAAAACCCAUCAGCGCAAGCAGCCGGGGAGAAUCAAAGCAGAGAGAAUUGCUAAUGCCCUGGAUAAUAAGGAAGAGGUUCCACCUCUGAAGAAAAUGAGAAUCCUUAGAUACCAGGGAAAACUGGACAGUCUGCCUGGGCCUAUGGUGAGUUCUGGCAGCAGAAAGGAGACGGAAGAAUCCACAAAGGCAGAGCCCUCACAGGAUCCUGACCUGUCCCCAGAGAGAGAGAAAAGCAAACCACUCAUGCCCUCCACGCCAACAAUGUUGAAGAGGACCAAACCUUCUAGCAAGCUGAAGAGUACAGAGGAGCAGGAACUUGAAAAGAUGCAGCAGUUGCAGCAGGAGGUUAUGGAGCUGCGGAAGAAGAACGAGGAGUCUCUGAAAGCAGCUAUUGCUGGAGCAGGACAACCCAUGAAGAGACCAGUUGGUCAAGUAACAAAGCCAAUUGAUUUCCACUUCUACACAGAGAAUAGGAUUAAACAGAACGUGGGAAGCCAUCCUGAGAAUGAGUACAAGGAGCUGGAUUUUGCAGCAGUACUCAGGAAGCAUCCCCCUUCUCCGAUGCGAAUGCCAAAGGGACCCACUGUCCCCAAACCUUUCAACCUGUCCCAGGGAAACAAAAGAAAACUUGAAACCACAUCAGAGUACGUGUCCUUUGCUGAGCAGGUAGAAGCAUUCCAAAAACGCACACCCUCUCGUUACCAUUUGAGGAGCAGGAAACCUGAGGAAGAAGGCCAAGUUUCAGGAAAGUCUGUGAAGCCUCAGCUCACCUGUGCCAAAACACCAGUGCUCCAAACAAAGCAGCGCUCGAGACCUGUCACCUGCAAAACUGCAGCAGAGUUAGAAGCAGAGGAAUUAGAGAGAAUUCAACAGUACAAAUUCAAAGCACGAGAACUCAAUUACAAAAUCUUUGAGGGUGGGCCACUCCUGCCCAAGAAGCCCCGUGUGAGGAAUGUCACACAACCCAUCGGCUUCGAGUUGGAAACAGAAAAAAGGAUUCAGGAGCGUGAGAGUAAGAAGCGGCAGGAGGAAGAGCGCUUCGAAUUCCAUUCCAGGCCGUGUCCCACAAAAAUCCUGGAGGAUGUUGUGGGUGUUCCGGAGAAGAAAGAACUUCCUUGUACAGUCCCCAGGUCUCCAGCCUUCGCCUUGAAAAGCAGAACCCGUGUGUCUGGCAGAGAGGAAGAAAAGGAAAAGGAGGUGGUGCCUGUGAUCAAAGCUAACCCUAUGCCACAUUACGGAGUGCCCUUCAAACCCAAAAUGCCAGAGCAGAGGCACGUGGAAGUUUGCCCCUUCUCUUUUGAUGCCCGGGACAAAGAGCGGCAAAUACAAAAAGAGAAAAAAAUAGAAGAAUUUCAGAAGGAAGAGGUGCCGAAGUUCAAAGCGCAGCCUCUGCCUUACUUUGACCAAGUUAAACUGCCAGAAAAAAAGGUCAAAGCCCCAACCCAGCCUGAACCAUUCCAUCUGCAGGUGGAUGAACGGGGAGCUGCCAAGCUCGAGAGCUGGAAACAUCAGCUCGAAGAAGACUUGAAAAGGCAGAAAGAGGCAGCAUGUUUUAAAGCUCGUCCCAACACAGUGGUGUACCAGGAGCCUUUUGUGCCCAAAAAGGAACACAAACUACUAUCAGAGAGCCUUUCUGGUUCUGUAGUUCCUGAAAGCUUUGAGCUGGCAACGGAAAGAAGGGCAAAGGAACGGCAAGAAUUUGAAAAGCGAUUGGCAGACGCAGAAGCUGUAAGGGAGAGGUAUCAGGAGCAGAUCAGGCAGGAACAAGAGGAGCGUGAAAAGGAAGAAGUUGCUAAGCUAAGGCAAGAAAUGGUUCACAAGGCAAACCCAAUACGCAAAUACCGCAGCGUAGAAGUGAAGCCCAGUGAUCAGUUACUGACUUUGCCAAAGUCUCCCAACUUCUCAGAUAGAUUCCGGUGCUGAUGAGCACCCACAUGAUAUUAGGAGGGAGAUCCCAUCCCUCUCUACUCUCUUGAUAGGAGAGAGGGAACAGUUGUUUUUCCGUGACUCUGCCUGAACUCCUACCCUUGGUUCCUUUGUACUGAAUAGUUUAACUCCACCUGAGCCCAUGGCAUCCCACCUAACUAAAUAAAGUUUCCUAAUAUGA